CUGCACAGACGUCGACGGACGUGACUUACCCCACGCUUUCAUUUGCGAUUUUUCACAGUAGUCGUUCAGUACUCUAUAGAACGACAAUUUCUUGRAACAAGAACCAAAACCUGYACAAAUAUURACCCUCGUUWACGAUGGCCGAAGACAAACAAUGCGAUUCAAGACGGAAAGUUGUGAUCGCAUGUGAUGGAAGUGAACACAGUGAAAGAGCUCUUGACGUGUACCUAGAUAACAUGGUAAAACCAGAUGAUCACGUGAUACUCUACCAUGCAUUUGAAUGUCCCUCAUUGCCUGUCGCACCCUACCCAUAUGGCUUUUCUUACUAUGAAGACUGGAGUGAAUUCACGAAGCAAGCAGAGAAGGAAGCAACGGAAAUAUUGCAGAUGGCCGGUUCAAAGUGUACCCACAAAUUAAAAGAAAUGUUUCCAAAAGAGGACGAAGCAAAACCCGAACUUCAGUUAAUCAGAGAAAAUGGCAAAGCAGGUGAAGUUAUCUGUGGUUUUUGCCAAGACGUCAAACCAGCAAUGUUAAUAAUGGGCUCCCGUGGACAAGGAACGCUUCGACGCACGCUGCUGGGUAGUGUCAGUGAUUACUGCAUCCAUCAUACCAAUAUCCCAGUUCUUGUUGUUCCUCCACCACACUCUGAGAACUCUACAUGUCAGGAAAAACAAGAUUAGCAACUUAGUCAUUGAAACAUACACAUGCCGUUAAAUAACUUAAUAGCUUUAGAAAAAUGAAAAAUAAAAAAUUCUAACAGAUG